AAUCCGUGUAGACGGAGAACACACGAUGCGCCUCCUACUUAAGUUAAGGAGAGAUGCCGAGUAAUAACUUUUGCACUUUGGACUCGACUUUCCUAUCGCAUCGGUCGCCGCCUGUAUCAUUCCUCCAUUUAUAUUUUUCAAUAUAACAUCUCAAUUUAAUUGAACAUUCCACGGCCAUCAAUCAACAAGUACGCUUAAUCGAUUCAAUUCAGGGAUUCAAAGGACCCGAUAUUUGUCAAUAACCAAAGGAAAAUGUCGGCAAUCGUUAAAGGAGUUUUUAUCGUCGGUGCGAAGCGCACACCCUUUGGUACCUAUGGAGGUAAAUUUGUAAAAACCAGCGCGUGCGAUCUUCAAACUGUCGCAGCUAAAGCCGCUAUGGUAGCUGCUAAUGUUAAACCAGAAAUGGUUGACACAGUUAAUAUAGGAAAUGUCCUUUCGAAUUCGUCUGCCGAUGGUGCUUUCUUGGCCAGGCACGUCCUUUUGAAAGCUGGUAUCCCAUUGGAGAAGCCCGCUCUGCAGGUGAACAGAUUGUGCGGUUCCGGUUUCCAAGCUGUCGUCAACGGAUGCCUGGACAUUCAAACUGGAGCUGCACAAAUUUCCUUGACGGGAGGCGCUGACAAUAUGUCGCAGUGCCCGUACACCGUCAGGAAUAUCAGGUUUGGCAGCCCAUUGGGCGUGUCGCCUGUCCUUGAAGAUUCCCUUUGGUUAGGUCUGACAGACAGCUACUGCAAGUUACCUAUGGCCCUGACCGCCGAAAAAUUGGGCGAACAGUGCAAAAUCUCCAGGGAGGAAGUCGAUAACUUCGCACUCAAGUCGCAACAGAACUGGCAGAAGGCGCAAGAGGCCGGACAUUUCCAAGCCGAGUUGGUGUCGGUACCAGUGAAAGUAAAGGGAAAGAUGGCCAGCUUGGAAUUCGACGAACAUCCUAGGCCACAAACCACAUUGGAGGGUUUGAAGAAGUUACCGACUCUUUUCAAGGAGAAUGGUUUGGUGACUGCUGGAACUGCUUCCGGAAUCAGCGAUGGUGCUGGCGCCAUCGUUUUGGCUAGUGAGGAGGCUGUUGCCAAGCACAACCUCACUCCAUUGGCUAGGGUAGUUUCUUAUUCGACGGUGGGCGUGGAACCGUCCAUCAUGGGCAUCGGUCCAGUGUCAGCCAUUCAAAACGCAUUGAAGGCCGCUGGAAAGACCAUCAACGAUAUGGAUUUAAUCGAAAUCAACGAAGCUUUCGGCGCUCAGGCUUUAGCCUGUGCCAAGGAAUUGAAAUUGGACAUGAGCAAGUUCAAUGUGAACGGUGGUGCUAUCGCUUUGGGUCAUCCACUCGCCGCAACUGGCGCACGUAUCACAACCCACUUGGUACAUGAACUCAGAAGGAGGAAGGCUAAAUUCGGUAUUGGUUCUGCCUGCAUCGGCGGUGGACAAGGAAUAGCUAUUCUCGUUGAAGCUUUAUAAAUUGUGAUUACUUUUAAACUGUUUUAUAUUUCUUUCUGUUUUUUUUUUACACUUACAAAAUAAAUACUUAAGAUGUU